GGGAAAUAUUCUCAGUCAAAAUGCACCUUAUGAGAAUGAUGCAAGUAGAAGUGUCAUUGUUGGUGAACGUGAUGCCAAGAGGAUGUUACUAGAACAACAGGUGGAAGGAAUAUCAGAUGUGGAUAUUGAUCCUGAUAGAGUUGAGUCGCGGUCCCUGUUUGUCAAGAACCUAAAUUUUAAGACGUCUGGUGAGAGUUUGAGAAAGCAUUUUAGUGAACACAUGAAGGAGGGAAAAAUCCGAAGUGUCAGGGUGAAGGAGCACUUGAAAAAUGGGAAGAAUGUGUCAAUGGGUUUUGGUUUUAUAGAGUUUGAUUCAGUUGAGACAGCAGUCAAUGUUUGCAGCAAUAUACAGGGUACUGUUCUGGAUGGUCAUGCUCUCAUCCUGCAACUAUGUCAUGCCAAGAAGGAUGAACAAGUGCUGAAAAAGGUUGAUAAGGAUAAGAGUUCAACAAAAUUAAUUGUGAGAAAUGUUGCUUUUGAGGCAACAGAGAAAGAUCUGAGACAGUUGUUUAGUCCAUUUGGCCAGAUCAAGAGCUUAAGACUUCCAAUGAAGUUUGGAAGCCAUAGAGGCUUUGCAUUUGUUGAAUUUGUCACAAAGCAAGAGGCACAGAAUGCUCUGCAAGCUCUUUCAAGCACUCAUCUGUACGGUCGGCAUCUGGUCAUGGAGAGAGCCAAGGAAGGUGAGAGCUUGGAAGAAUUACGGGCUAGAACAGCUGCUCAGUUUACAGAUCAGAAUCCAACCAAGUUAUCCAGGAAAAGGAAGCACAUGGCCGCAUUGGAUGAAGGCACUGUUAAGUUUGAAAGGAUUGCAGAUUAGUGCUUCAAACAAAGUUUCAUGUAUUGUGAAUGAGAACUGUGUUUUUUCAACCACAUGUUUUAUGAAAUGAAUAUGUAUCUCUUCAUUAAAUCAUACAGGCUCCAUUUUUCCUUGU